ACAAGUUACCUUUUAACCAAGUGAGUAAAGACGAAAUAACAAAAUCUCUUCUCUCUGUUAGCAACCAGCUACAUCAGCAUACAUCAGAGUUCACUUUACUUUGACUCUUUCUCUUUAGCCAUUGGUUUUAACGUUUCUUUUUAUUUCUUUGUCUUUCUUUGUGUUCUUUUAAUUUAGUUACUCUUAUUUGGUGUAUAUUUUACAACACUUUCUAAUUGUCAUCAUGGGUAAAUUGUUGGUAAGCAAUUUAGGAUAUCCACGAAUUGGUUUUGACCGUCAAUGGAAAAAAUGUCUUGAAUCUUUUUGGCAAGGCUCUUUGGAUCAAGAGCAAUUUUUUAAAGACAUGAAAGAUCUUAGAAUAGCCAAUUUACAAAAGCAAAAGGAUCUAGGUGUUGAUUGGAUUCCUGUCAAUGAUUUUACCUUCUAUGAUCAUGUUCUCGACAUGGCAGCUAUGUUUAAUGUCGUUCCUAAAAGAUACCAAAAUCUUAGUACGGCUCCAGUCAGUUUGACAACCUAUUUUGCUAUGGCUCGAGGAACUCAAGAGAAUGUAGCUUGUGAAAUGACUAAAUGGUUCAACACUAACUAUCAUUAUAUUGUUCCUGAAUAUGAACAAGGUGUUGAGCUAACACUUACUCACAACAAGCCCCUUGAAGCCUUUCUCGAAGCCAAGCAACAAUUAGGCAUCAAUGGUAAACCAGUUAUCAUUGGGCCACUUUCCUUUGCCAAAUUUUCGAAGGGAAAUUAUGGAACUUUGUCGAAAUAUGUUCAUAAAUUGUUACCUCUUUAUAUCCAAACGUUACAAGAGCUAUCAGCUGCAGGUUGUGAUUGGGUUCAAAUGGAUGAACCUUUCUUGGUUGUCAAUAUCACAAAUGAAGACAUGGAAUUACUCAAACAUGUCUACCAAGAGUUUAAAACUGCUGUUCCUAAAUUGAAAAUAAUUUUACAGACAUACUUUGAUUCUUUGGAAAACUACGAGCAAAUCAUUCAACUUCCAGUUGCUGGAAUCGGUUUGGAUUUCGUUCAUGGUUACAAAGAAAAUUUGAAAAGCCUCGAAACAUUCAAAUUCCCAGAAGACAAGAUUCUAGGACUUGGUUUGAUCAACGGUCGUAAUAUUUGGAGAUGUGAUCUCAUGGAAAAAUACAAGCUAAUUCAGAAGAUUUUCCAAUUCGUACCUGCAGAACGAAUUUGGAUUCAACCAUCAUGCUCACUUCUAACAACACCUGUUUCAGCAACCGGUGAGAAAAAACUUGCGCCGUUCCUUCGAAAUUCUAUUGCUUACAGUGAUGAAAAGUUGGUUGAGCUUAAACAUUUAGCUGACGCUUGCAAUAAAGGACUUGACUCUGUUACCGAAUUUUUCAAUGAAGCCGCAGCUGCUCUGAAAGAUUUGGAAGAUGAACGUCUUAAGAUCAAAAUAAACUUUAGUUUGGAAAAUUUAAAAUCAAUCGGAAUUGAAAGAAGCGAAUCUUUUGAAUCGCGAUUUGAAAAACAACGAGCUAGCCUCAAGUUACCUCUUUUGCCAACAACCACAAUUGGUAGCUUCCCUCAAACCACUCAAGUUCGUUCGGCUAGAAAUAAAUUCAAACGAGGUGCAUUAUCUAGCGAAGAAUAUGAAAAAUUCAUAAAAGAGCAAAUAGAGAAAUGGGUUCGCAUUCAAGAAGAAAUUGGAAUUGAUGUUUUGGUUCAUGGUGAAUUUGAAAGAAAUGAUAUGGUAGAGUAUUUCGGUGAAAAGCUGGUUGGAUUUGCUUUCACAUCAAAUGGAUGGGUACAAUCAUAUGGAUCACGAUGUGUUAAGCCUCCUAUCAUUUAUGGUGAUGUUAGCUUCAAAGAGCCCAUGACGGUUAAAGAAACUGUUUAUUGUCAAUCAUUGACUUCCAAGCCAGUUAAAGGUAUUUUAACUGGCCCGGUUACUAUUCUUAACUGGUCAUUUGUACGAGAUGAUGUUCCCCGUAAUGAAGUGUCUUACCAAAUUGCACUGGCGUUGAGAGAUGAAGUUUUAGCUCUUGAAGCAGCUGGCAUUAAUCUGGUUCAAGUUGAUGAACCUGCAGUUCGAGAAGGUUUACCUCUAAAAAAGAUUGAUUGGUCUGAUUACCUUGACUGGGCAGUCAAAUCAUUCCGUUUGGCUACAUGUAAAGUAAAGCCAGAAACUCAAAUUCAUACUCAUAUGUGUUAUUGUGAAUUUCAAGAUAUAAUUCAAAGUAUCCUUGAUCUUGAUGCUGAUGUAAUCUCUAUUGAAACCUCGCGUAGUCACGGAGAAAUGAUCUCAGCUUUCGAGAAGUUUAAAUACUCUAAAGGAAUUGGUUUAGGAGUUUACGAUAUCCAUAGUCCAAGAAUCCCAUCAAAGGAGGAAAUGUCGGACGUUUUAACUCGAGGAUUGAAAGUAGUUGACACCAAGUUGUUCUGGGUCAAUCCAGAUUGUGGACUCAAAACUCGGACCGAGGACCAAACCAUUGCAGCUCUCAAAAAUAUGGUUGAAGCAGCCAAGGAAGUAAGAGAACGUUUGAUCAAGUAAUUUAGAUGGACUCUAAUUAGUCGAUUACAAUUGUAAUUGAAUUUUUAAACUUUUAGACAAUUUUCAAUUCCAUAUUUCAUAUCUCAACAUGGAACCUAAAAAUAUUUUAUUCAUAUUUUUUCAAUCAAAUUUAUAAAUCGAAAACUUGUAAUGCUUUUGCCAUAUUUACCCUUUCACUACUCAUUAAUUGUCAUGAUUUGACUAUCGAUAACAACUUGGAAAUAAUUUUACUUUUACUUGAAUUUUACAAUUUAUCAUUGUCUUUCAAUUAACCAACCUUGAUUGUAUCUUUAUUAUUAACAGUUUGUGACAACACAUCAUCUAAAUGUGACUCAAGUUUGUUUUCAUUUA